AGGGGUUUCAUCUCGGCGGCUGCAUAUAAAAGGAGAUCUCACCUUCUGCAACUCACACUCAACCUCAAGUGCUCAACAAUGGCUUUCAAGUUCGUCGCCCUCCUCGCCCUCGUGGCCGUUGCCCGUGCCGGAGUCGUCUCUCCCCUCGGCUACGCCACCCCCGCCGUGGCCACCUACGCCGCCGCCCCCGCCUACGCGCACGCUCCCGCCUACGCCGCGUACGCCGCCCCCGCCUACGCUAAGGUCGCCGCUCCUCUGGCCUACGCCGCCCCCGUCGCCCACGCCGCUUAUGCCGCCCCCGUCGCCAAGGCCAUCGUCGCCACCCCCGCCCUCGCCAAGGUCGCCGUCCCCGCCGAAUACGACGCUCACCCUCAGUACAGCUACGCUUACUCCGUUGCCGAUGCCCUGACCGGAGACAACAAGGAGCAGCACGAGACCCGCGACGGCGAUGUUGUCCGUGGAUCUUACUCUCUGAUCGAGGCUGACGGCACCCGCCGCACCGUCGACUACACCGCCGACCCCAUCAACGGAUUCAACGCCGUCGUCCACAAGGAGGCCGCCGUCCAGAAGGCUGUUGUUGCCGCCCCCGCCUACGCUAAGGUCGCCGCUCCCCUGGCUUAUGCCGCCCCCGUCGCCCACGCCGCUUAUGCUGCCCCCAUCGCCCACGCUGCCUACGCCGCCCCCAUCGCCCACGCCACCUAUGCUGCUCCCCUCGCCCACGCCUACGCCGCCCCCGUCGCCAAGGCUUACCUCGAAUGGCUCAUCGCACUUUCUCGCCACUUGGCUCAUCCUCUCAAAAUGAACAUGCGUCGGCGUGCAUCUCAAUUAUGCUUGCAUUAUCCGCGAUGGACAUGUGGACUAGUGUUGACACACGAGGUGUCGUCCGCGUCGCCGCCAGGUAUAAAACCGCAGCUGCCCCAGGGCAAAGUAUCAGUUGCUUCUGAACAGCAAGGAUCCUCCUUCAAGCAAACAAUGGCCCGCAUUAGCGCCUUUAUCGCCGUUUUCGGCACCCUGAUCGCCAGCAUGUCUGCUGCGAUCGCCCCCGCAGCUCUACCUUACGCCGCUCUGCACGCAGCCGCCCCCUUGGCCUACUCGGCUCCCUUCUCCCCCUACGCUCCCCUCGCCUACUCCUCUCCCCUGGUGGCGAAAGCCGCAGUCGCCGCUCCCGUCGCCUACUCAGCCUACCCCUCCGCCUACACCUACCCCACCGCCUACGCCUCCCCGUACGCUUACGCUGCCGCCCCUGCUGUGGCUCCUCUGGCAUACACCGCCCCCGCUGUGGCCGCUCCUCUUGUGGCUAGGACCGCCGUCGCUCCCGCUGCUCCCGUCGCCUACUCUGCUCCCGUGGUUGCGAGCGCCGCCGCCGUCGCUCCCGUCGUGGCCAAGGCCGCCGCCGUCGCCGCCGCUCCCGUCGCCUACAGCGCUCCCGUCGUGGCCGCCCGCACCGAGGAACUCGACGCCCCUCCCCAGUACUCCUUCGGCUACUCCGUGUCCGACGCCAUCACCGGCGACUCCAAGGCCCAGGAGGAAUCCCGCGACGGCGACGUCGUCCGCGGCUCCUACUCCCUGAUCGAGCCCGACGGUGCCCGCCGCACCGUCAACUACUACGCCGACCCCAUCAACGGAUUCAACGCCGUCGUUCAGCGCGACGUCCCCGUCGUUGCCGCCGCUCCCGUCGUUGCUCCCGCCAAGGUUGUCGCCGUCUAAACGAACUCCUUCUUCCCUCUCAUCAUCCUGUAUAAAAAUCUUUGCAAUUGGAUUUCUCAUCAAUCCUGCCGCUUGAGCUUGGCGUAAUUUAUGUAGAGGGCCUGCCUCUAUGGACCAGAUUGUUUUGUACCUUUUAUUUUUUUAUUUGUAAUAAAAAACAAACUUUCAAUGAAA